AUGGGUCCUACCCUCGUGCCCGUCUCUCUGAGCCCUCUGCUGGUGACCCCGCGGGCUUCGCGGCUCGCGCGGCCCCCAGGGGGCGAAGGCUCCGACUGCCAGAAGGAGGACUACGGGGCAGGGCAAGGGUCGCCCGCCGCCUCGUUGUCCGCGGGGUUCUCGCCGGCGUCGCAGCGCCGUCAGCUGCUUUCGACGUUUACCGCGGUCUUCCCGCCAGAGUGCACACCGAGGAACACGGCGCCAUACGGGAGCUCUGCGCGCGCCUUGAAGCGCUCAACCUCUGCGCCGCUCCUCCUUGAGGCCGCCUCGUGCUUGGCCGCGUCCCCUUCUCACUUUCGAGACCCCCGGGCGACGCCUUCGAUUCGGCGCGCCGGCAGGUGUCGGCCUUCUCGCCUCGAGAGCGCCAGCACUGUCCACGCCACCCCACCUCUGUCUCCUGUCUCCGCGGGCACCCCGGGCUCCACGCCCGUGAGCCCCAGCACGAUCGCAGCCGCGGCCGAGGCGACGGCGCCUCACGCCGAGCGCGGGUCUGCCGGCGCGGCGGGCGUGGCAGAGGGCCUGUUCGACCGCGCGCCCCACGCCUCGGGGACGGAGACGCCGCGCGGGCCGAAGGAAGAAGGCCUGCUGUCUCCGCUCCUGUCUCCGGCGGCUCCCAAAGCGAAGCGCCGACGGCUCGUCCUCGCAGAGACGCAGUCGCGGGACUCGUCCUCGUCUUCGCCGCUGCACGGCGAGAGCGAGGCCUCGGGCGCAGCCACGCCGCUGCAGACUCCGUCGCGCAGACCCGGCUUCGCUGGGCUCCAACCGGACUUCUUCUUGCAUCUGCAUCAGUGGCGGUACCUCCCCGUUUCGCCGGCCCCUGCAGUCCGCGGGCGCUGCGCCGCAGGCGCAAGGAGCGACACAGAGUGUUUCGGGCUUCCGGGGCGGGAGCUCGCCUGCGCGGGCGGUGCGCGAGACCAGUGCCUGGGCGUCUCGGAGCCGGUCUGGAGGCAGCCGCGAGGGGGACGCGAGUAUGCAGGCAGGCUCGACAGCCGACACGCGUCCGCGGAGGGCAGUAGGGCGCUUGAAGGCGCGGCGGACGCGAAGGCAGACGCAGGCGCGUCGCGUCGCGCCGCCGAGGAGAGACACGCAGGGCUCCGCGGCGAGCGAUCGUGCCUUAGCCGGCGACGCGUCCGCGACGAGGAGAAGGACGUCGUGGCGGACGCGGCAGAGAAGAAGCCGCGACAGCGGGGAAGCGCGGACGACGCACGUCCCAAGCCUGAAGACUCACAGAGCAGUGGGCGGCAUCAAGGCCCCGCAGAACGACAGGUUGAAGUGGAUGCCUCAGGCAAAGCAAAAGUGACCCUCUUGCUGUCUGUUCCCUCUUGGUACUCUCUCGCGAAAGCCGUUUGCAGCUACGGCUUCUUCUGCAUGGAGCCCAACAAGUGGACGCCAGCUGCGUCUUUGGUCUCCGAGGCCGCCGCUGCAUGUGCGGACGCCGCGAAGCAGGUUCCGAAACGCGGUCGGCGUGAAAUCUCUUCUUCAGUUGCUCUCGAGGUUGCGCGGGACACGGUGGGAUUUGAGGCGUCGCAAGCGUCGCGCCUCGUGUCCGCCGCCAGUGCUGGAAGCCCCGGGGAAGCACAGGCGUUUGGAGAGAGCUGCGUUCGAUCUGUACAGAGCCAUGGGAGACUGACGGCGGCGCCUGCCUCCUCGCACUUCGAGAACGGCGACGCGGCGGGCCCCGGCGAGGCCCCGCGGGUGAGCCCCAGAGCCUCGCGCGGUCGCAGGCGACGGGCGUCCGCGAAGUCGGCCGCCGUAGAGAAGGGCGAGUCCGGUAGAUGCAGCGAGGGUGGCGUGAUGAGUGGCGAGCAGACGAAGGCCGCAGCCGACCGUUUUUUUCUCCCGGGAACGUUCUCGCGUCCUCUGCGCUUUGGCCCAUUUAUGGAGAAAUGCUGCCACGUCACUUUCGCUAUGAAGGACGUCGGCGUACUUAGGCUGGAGAUCCUCGCAGACGCGCCGUUGGCGCCCGAGGAGGAAGACGAAAUUCUCAGUCAGGUGCGGCGCAUGUGCCGGUUGAGUGAAACAGACUGGCGACACGCUCAGGCGUUCUGGCGAUUGCAUCCGGAGGCGGCCGAGAGGGGUUUCGGGCUCCUCUUCCGCAGCCCCACUCUUUGGGAAGACAUUGUGAAGACAGUCACGAUCUGCAACGUCCGGUGGCGCCAGAGCUGCGUGAUGAACGAUCUUUUCUGUCGGCGGAUUAGUUCAAUUCCAGGGAGCUUUCCGUCGCCUCUCGACUUCCUUCGCUUCAACGCACAGGAUCUCUCGCGCCUUGCUGGCGUGGGAUACCGCGCGGAUCGCCUUCUUCGACUCGCGCACCGCGUCGUGGACGGCAGCCUGGAUCUCGCAGAGCUCGAUGAAGGGCCGCCGCCCCCGCCAACGGAUUCACAAGGAUGCGACGGCGUUUUGGGGUCUUCAGUCUCUCUGUCUCGUCUGGCUGCGCCCGCGUGUGCCGCGUCUCUGCCGAGCAACGGGGUCGCCAGGGGCGCGCAGGGGGGUGGAGGCAGGCGGAAGAAGAGAGAGGAGAGCGAACCGAGUGAAGACACAAGCUACCAGGACGAGCGCAAGUGGCGCUUGCUUUCCACUCAGGAAAAGCUGCUGGCGAUCCACGGGAUCGGGCCGUUCGCCGCGCACAACAUUCUUCAGCUUAUCGGCUUCACCGAAGUCGACGCAUUCGAUUCCGAGACAAUCAGACACAUGGAGGAAGUGCACGGAGUGAAGAAGAAAAGCGUGAAGGACGUGCACGAGGUCGCCCGCCAGCGCUUCGCGCCCUACAUGCCUUAUCAGUUUGUCGCGUAUUGGUACGAGCUGUGGAAACACUACGAGCAGAAAGUCGGCGCGCGGUCGGAGGUGUGGACCGAGCAGAACUCCGUAUUUAUUCUUCAGGAUGAAAGACAUAUGAAGCCGCCGUGUGUGACGGCGGACGGCUCGCUUCCGGCGUACGCCUCCGCUGCAGAAAACGCGCCUGCGAAUCUGCUGAGGCAGAUUCGAGAGCUGGGGGGGUUGCCCUUCAUGGCGAAGCCUCCGCCGCGCGUCUCUGCGUCGCCAAAGGCAGAAGCGGAGGCUGUCGAGGACGAGCCCACGGCGCGAGAGGCGAACAGGGACUGUGGGAGCGCCGGCGCGAAGCCGCGGCUUAAUCCCAAGCGAGAGGCGACCGGAAAAGCCGGGCGCGCGCGCGGCGCAAAAACAAGCGAGGCGAGACAGCUGGGCAAGUCGCUGAGCCAAGCCCUCAGAGUUCGCGGACGACCGAAUCUCGAAAAGAGUGAGAACGACGAACGAAGUGCAGAUGGGAAGUCUCGAAGCAGGCGAAGUCUCCGCCUCAUCGCCGCCAAGUCUUGA